UCGUGUCCUGUGUUGUUUUUAUUGAUCGCAUCUAAAUAUAAGUUUAGGUUACGCCUUCAAUUGUUUUAUGAAAUUGGUAGGUGUUAGCAAGCAUCGGAAUUCUAGUCUUUAAGGCUUGGGUAACUAAUCAAAAGAAAAUGGCUUCAUAUUUUUAAGCAAUUGGGUAGUGUAUCUUUCAAGCUCUUAAUGUUUGCUUUCUUGUCAGAAAAUGAAAUAACUUUGUAAGAGUAUUAUGGCUUGCCUCUAUAUUUGCGUAAGAACUGCAGUCCAAGUGGUAAUACCUCCAUUCUGUGUCUUAAAAUAGCUUUCUGAAAGGUACUGCAGUUUGCUGAAUAUUUAUGGCAACUACAUUAAAGUGUACUUUAUGUGAAAGCAGCUUGUUUCUCAUUGUUGCAUGUUUUGAGGUUUCGGGCUUAAUAAAAUACACCUUUCUCUGCCUGAUCAUUUACCAUGCAUAAGAUGAGAAACAAGCUUUCUAUCCCUUCUGAUUUCUCAUACCCAACUUGAACUUAAAACAAUGUAAUGUCCUAAGCCUGUGUGUCCAAACAGUUCAGUCUUUCACAUUUUGACAGUGAUUGAUUGCUACUUGAGUAUUGAACAUACAUGGUUGUUACAAAUUUUAAUAUACAAGCUUUAAUAUUUCUAUUUUAAAUAAUUUAAAAUAACUCAGCCUGAGAUGUUUAGUGGUUUUUCAGUAUAUAACUGGUUCUUGGUAUUCACAGGUAUUUCAGACUAGUAGAGAUGCAGAUCUUCUUGCUGUGGCCCUGAUGUUCUUGAUACUAUUCUGCAUUUCAUUUUUUGCAGCUAUGCCCUAUACUUCUCUUCCAGCAGUGAUGAUGAAUUUGAAAUGUUUUUAGCUAGAAUGAAAACUCCUAAAUCUCUUACUAAAAAGGUGGAUGCAAGUUUGAAGGACUUAAUUGAUGACUCGGAUGAUUUCUUCUUGAACUUUAAAGUGAGAAACAGCACAACAAAGAAUGCACAGAAGGAUAUUCAGACCCCAAAAAAGCUGAUGACUUCUGGAAAGAAAACCACUUGCUGCCAAGAAUUGCAGUAUCCAGAGGCUUCAAGUGAUAUUGAAGACACUGUCUUUGUAGAAAGUUCGUGGCAUGACUACCAAAAAGGGGGAGUGAAAGACUUGAAAGAGAGUCCGAGGUGCAUAAAGCUCCUAUCUCCACAAAAUCUGAAAGGGUCAAUUUCCAGAGGCAGUCCAGACUUGGUUGUUAGAAGGAAAGAAAGAAACUGUGAAGAGAGUACAGAAAAUAAAGUGCCAACUGUGGCACUACGACACAGUACAGGGGAAGAAUCAGAUACCUCAGAUGAUGAAUUUGAAUCAUUAAUAGAACGGAUAAGGAAACAAAGUAUACCCCAAAACCCAAUCUUAAGCACAAGUAAAACUGUCUACCAGCCAAGAACAAUAGAAAACAUCAAGCCACCCUGUGAAGAUGCCCAGUCCUUGAAAGGGGAGGGAGUCAAGACACAAAGCUCCAUUUCACUUCAAGAAACACCUAGGAUAACAGCUUCUGCAAGAAUUCCUAGGAAUGAAUUGGUCAGUUGCUCACAGUCAGCAAAGACAGAGACAAAGCCUAGAGUGUGCUCAGUACCUGGCUGUUUCUUGCAAGAUCUCUCAAAUCCGGCUUCCCACUAUGUGAAGUAUUUCAAGAAAAAUAAAGAGGAUCUGGCACAGAAGCUCUACUGUCUGUACAAUAGUACUAUCUUUGAGCACAAGUUACCAGAGAAAAUGGUAAUAAUCUGGAAUAAGAAAAUGAGAAAAACAGCAGGAUAUUGUCUAACUGGACAGACAGAAGGUUCUGAAGCAAAGCGUUAUGCUCGCAUAGAACUUUCUGAGAAAGUUUGUGACUCUGCAGAUCGUCUUCGAGACACGCUAGUUCAUGAGGUUUGCCAUGCAGCCACCUGGCUGAUCAAUGGUGUUCGUGAUGGACAUGGAAGAUUCUGGAGAUUCUAUGCCAAUAAAUCAGCUGUGAUUCAUCCAGAACUGCCAGUAGUAACACGAUGCCACAGCUAUGAGAUUAAUUACAAAUUCAUCUAUGAGUGUGUUCUGUGCAAAGCUACGUAGUUUCAGUUCCAGUUCAGAGGUCAGGACAGGCAGAAGUGUCUUCUGAGGACCACUGUUGGUGAUGGAGGCCUUUGAGAAUCAGUAAGAGCUCAGAAUACAUGCCUCAGCUUUGAAGGACAUGGCAGGGAAAGGUUACGCUCCAUGUGGCUGCUUUCACUUUUCAAACAUUGCUCAAGUGAUGUAAAUUUGGACUCAUUUUCUACUGUAGUUAAUAUUGAGUGAACUUGUGAAAGUUUUUGACCACAUAUCUGACUUCAUGGUCAACGCUGAUCCUAUUAUAGGCUUUUGGAAGGGGGUGGUAUUUCCAGUCUUAGCUUAGUACGACAUCAGGAGUAAUACUUGUGGGCCUACACUGACAGAGCACUAACUGGAUCUGACACAUCCCUGUAGAAUGGUUAAGCAAAGUACUAUCGUGUGUUGCAGAAAUAAGGCAUUCCAAGUUCUUUUGAAAUCUAUCAAUGCUUUACAAAGUAGUAUCUUUGAAUGUGCCAUGACAACAAUCUACGUUUGAUCUAAGGAAAAACAGUCCACAAGGGGAUGCUAGACUUGGCAUGGUGCACUGAAUUACUUUUUAUACGCUCAUUUUUGUAAAGAUACUGAGGGCCAUCUGAUACUGAAAGAAGUCAGUAGUAACUGGAAUUCAAAAGCAGAACACGUCCCCAUAAGAACUGGGCACAAAAUGUGUGACAGUAAUUAGAUAUUAGAACAGAGUAUCAGAGGAAGCUCUCUGGGUUCUGUAUCUUGAUGACUCUGUAUUAAGACUAAACAAUUUGACUAAUCUUGUAUCUUUGUUAUGGUAGUGCUAAGUAAAAUGUAGAUACCAACAAUAUAAUGAUUUCUAUGGUUUAAAACGUUACAAAAGCUAUAGUCAGUUUUCUAGUCAUUCGGUUUUUUUGUUUUUUUUAACCUCAUGGACUCUUUCAAGUUGUGUAUAUAUUAAAGGAAGAACAGAUGUCUGCAGCCACACAGAUGUGAGUAGCACUGUGAUGUGAAGAACUGAAGCUAGGACACAGAUAUACUGAUUGCAGCAUUGGUUAUCAGGCCAAGUCUUCCUUACUGCAUUUGUGAAAUGAGAACUAUGUAUGUUGCUGAGAUCAAGCAGAAGGAGUAGUUGCUAUAGUUAUUUCACAGGUUUCUUACCUUUCAAGGGUGUGGAAGGUGUACUCUUUUCUGGAAGAUCAUAGCUGACCACAGACUUCUGUAUGUAAUGACCUCAGUCUCAGUGGGAGAGCAUGAAGUUGUGUGAAUUCAGUUCUGCACAGCCCAGGGAAGUGGCUGACAGUGGUGUGGCGCUUUUUUUUUUUUUAAUUUUUAAAAAAGCUAUUAUAUUCCACCACCCCCCCUCCCCAUUUUAGGAGCUAAACACAUGCUUAGAAAGCAUGCAUGGGAUUUUCUUUCUCAGGAUCAUAUGUGCUACUUCCAGAAGCACUGGAAGGAAACAGUAUUUCACAUAUUAAACACUUCAGGAAGAUUCUUACAUAUGACUAUGCAAUGCGUCAGUUGCUUAGAUGCAACAGAGCAUUGAGAAGACUUGAAUGGUGAUGGCUUUGAGGAGAAAUUCUAAGGGAUAGUUGAUACAUAAGUUGUGGAGGUGUUUUGAAAUGUUGUAGCACUUCGUACUACUAGGCUGAGAGUAAAAGAGAUGGUAAAGAACCAAGCUGAAAAUGCAGUGGAAAAAGUUCUAGGGUAGAGAGAAAUGUGUAAUACAGAUUUUAUUGUUCCACUGUGUGAAGUAUGUAGUCUGGUUCCUGUUCUAAAAUGCUAGCUUAGAAAUCUGACCUAAGUAGCUUGGCAGAAGAGAAAGGCGCCCUUUCCCACAAGUACUGUCUACUACAAGUUUGAAACCAAAGUACUUAUUUUUCCAUUUCAGGAUUGGACGUCAUUCCAAGUCUCUGGACACGGAGUGCUUUGUGUGUGCCUUCUGUGGGGGGCAGCUGGUCCUGAGUCAGUCCACUUC